AUGCCCGUGGUAAAGGGCGGAGUGUGGACGAACCUCUCCAAAACCCUCGCACUGUGCGCUGACUCUGUGGCCCAGAUCGAGGACGAAAUCCUAAAGGCCGCCGUCUCCAAGUAUGGCCUCAAUCAAUGGGCGCGAGUGUCUUCACUGCUCGCCCGCAAGACCCCGAAGCAGUGCAAGGCUCGAUGGUCAGAAUGGCUGGAUCCGGGAAUUCGAAAGAUCGAAUGGAGCCGCGAAGAGGACGAAAAGCUGCUGCACUUGGCCAAGCUAAUGCCGACGCAGUGGCGGACCAUUGCGCCGAUUGUAGGGAGGACAGCGACGCAAUGUCUGGAAAGGUAUCAGAAGCUGCUCGAUGAGGCCGAGGCAAGGGAGACUGCAGCGGAGCUCGCGCUGGGAGGGCCAGAAGGUGGAGAAACGGCCGCGCCGAGUGCGGAUGAUGUGAGGAGACUACGCCCUGGAGAGCUGGAUCCGGAUCCCGAAAGCAAACCAGCACGACCUGACACAAUAGAUAUGGACGAGGAUGAGAAAGAGAUGCUGUCCGAGGCCCGUGCGCGUCUGGCGAACACGCAGGGUAAGAAAGCGAAGCGGAAAGCGCGUGAAAGACAGCUGGAGGAGUCGCGAAGGAUGGCCGUGCUGCAGAAGCGGAGAGAGUUGAAGAGUGCAGGUAUUAACGUCAAGGUGGUGACGCGGAAGAAGGGCCAGAUGGAUUACAACGCGGACAUACCCUUCGAGAAGGCGCCGGCACCUGGAUUUUACGACACGCAGGAGGAGAUCGAUCAGAACGAGAAGCAGCGUGAGAUGUUCGAUCCGCGGAGGCAGCAGCUAGCGAACAAACGAAAGGGUGAGCCGGGCGAUGGUGUUGAAGGCCAGGAACCAAAACGCAGAAAGAACGAGAAAGAUGGCGGUGCAUCUGCUUUUGCUGCGGCUGCGAAGGCUGAUCAACUCCAACGAAUACGGGAAGCGGAGCAGAGUAGCAAACGAAGGGGUCUCACCCUGCCGGCUCCACAAGUCAGCGAGGCGGAGUUGGAAGAUAUUGUGAAGAUGGGCCUGUCCGGCGAUCGUGCUCUCAUGUCGGGAGAAGACGGUGACACAAGAGGCCUCAUGGCCAACUAUUCCAACACCAUCGGUGCCACCCCUAUUCGUACGCCACGCGCUCCGCAGGGCGAAGACCGUAUUUCUAACGAACUCCGCAACGCAAGGGCCCGUACAGAGACGCAAUCAGCGCUACUCGGUGGCGACAAUACGAUUUUAGCUGAAGAUGACGCAACAACAGGCUACCAAGGUGCUGCCCCGUCCCAGAAGACUCUAGCUACGCCUAACCCACUUGCAACGCCGAUGCGCAACGGUUUCAAUGGAACCACGCCGCGUGGUGGAGCUGCUGCGACGCCAUUGCGGACACCACGCGACAACUUCCGGCUCAAUGAUGACGAAGGCGGCAUGCAGCUUGUUAGCCAAACACCACGCGACGUCCGUCUUGCUCGUAAUAACCUAAAGUCGAAGCUUGCAAGUCUGCCUAGGCCUAAAGAAACGGAGUGGGAGCUUGAGUUGCCCGAGGAGCGCGACGAAGGGGCUAUCUCCUCGUUGAAGCCAAGCGAGGAAGACGCUGCGACUCGCGACAAGCGAGAUGCGGAAACUGCGCAUGCGCAGGCGCUGGGGGAGCUUAGACGCCAAACGCAGGUCGUGCAGAGAGGCUUGCCGAGGCCGAAGGUUGUCGACUUUACAGCGCUGCUUGAUCGUGCUCGUAGCAUUGAGGAUCCUAUCGAAAGACUCAUCGCCGAGGAGAUGGCCAGCUUAAUGGCACACGAUGCGUUGCAUUUCGGUGGCGCGCAUGUGAGUGGCAAACCGCGGCCGGUGGAGAUGCUGGACGAAGUAGCCUUGCAAAAGGCGAAUAUGGAAGUGAUUCUCGAAAUGGGUCACGACGCCAAUCGAGCUUUGUUCGGCGGAGCUUUCCAGCAAGAGUGGGAAGCCACGCACGCUGCCAGCUUGUUGCCUGGACUCGCCGGUUACGCCGAAGACGAGGCUGACGAGACGCAACUUCUCAGCGAGAGUUUCGAUCAGGUUCUCGAUGGCCUCACCGUUUCUGCGGAGCGAGGCGCGGCGCUUGAGAAGAAGCUUGCCAAGAUUCAGGGCGGGUAUGUGAUGAGGCAGAAAGUGCUUGUUAAGAAGAUUGAGGCUGCGGCUGCAACCUUGGAGGAUGUGAGGAGGGAGGGCGAUACAGCAAGGUACGCGCUUGUGGCUGAGGAGGCCGGCGUCAAGGAGAGGCUUGAAGGUUUGAGGGAAGAGGUUGCGUUCGUGAGGCGGAAGGAGAGAGAGGCGCAGGAGCUGUAUAGGGAACGGAGAGAGGAGCUUGAAAGGUUGGGCGCCGAAGCUUGA